AUGGUCGUCGAAUCAACGCCAGUUGGCGAGCGAGCUUUUGACAUUUACUCGCGUCUGUUGCGAGAACGCAUCGUCUGUCUCAUGGGCCCGGUCGACGAUGCCAUGGCCUCGACCAUCGUUGCGCAGCUGCUGCAUCUUGAAUCGGAAAAUCCAGAUGAACCCGUCAGCGUCUACAUCAACUCACCCGGCGGCUCGGUGACUGCUGGCUUGGCCAUUUAUGACACACUCCAGUACAUUCGCCCGCGCAUCACGACCGUGUGCAGUGGCCAAGCCUGUUCCAUGGGCUCGCUGUUGCUGACCGCCGGAAGCCCGGGUCACCGCUACGCACUGCCCAAUUCGCGCAUCAUGGUCCACCAGCCCAGCGGUGGCGCCCGAGGCCAAGCCUCGGAUAUUGCCAUUCACGCCGAGGAAAUCCUCAAGCUCAAAACAACCAUCAACAACCUUUAUGCCCACCACACGGGCCGCACCUAUGAUGAAAUUGAGGCGGCGCUGGAUCGAGACCGCUUCAUGUCAGCGCAAGAGGCCAAGGACUUUGGCCUCAUCGACCAAAUCGUUGUGUCCCGCAAGCAAGUGGAAGAUGCCGAAGCCGCCGCUGACGACGACGACAGCUCGACAAACACCACCAAGUGA